GGACGGGGGGGAAAGAAAACACCUGACAGGGGCUCCAUGGCUCAGGACGAGAGGGAGGCAGGGAUGGGCACCACCACGAGUGAUCCAGAGAUGGGUGAAGACACGGAAGGUGUGACAAAAGGCCUGGAGGAACUCUGCGAGAGCCCCGGGGAGGAAAAGAGUGAGAAGGAUCUGCUGCAUUCGCGCCUGGAACAGCAGCACCACCUCAUCUGCAUACUGAAGAAAAAAGCAGACGACAUGCGCAAACCCUGCAGAGACCUGGAGCAGCUCAACAUGGAGCUGGAGAAACUGAGGACAGAGGAUGCCAUCAAAAUGAAAACCCAGACCCAACGGAUUCAGCAACUGGAGGAACGCUUCAAGGAUCUGGCCAACAACCAUGAAAAAAUGAUCCAGUUCAAGAACGAACACAGGAAACGGCACAUGGAGCUGCUGGAGGAGAACAAGCGCCUGCAGCAGGAGAACAAAGCGCUCUUCAGCCAGAGUGUGAAGGAGAAGGAAGCUGAAGUGCUCCAGCUCAUCGUCCAGGCCAGAAAGCUCUCAGAGCAGUUAGACUCCUUACAGGAGAAAUGUGCUUCCCAGAGUCGCAGGGCCCAGGAGAGAGAAAAGGAGCUGCUGGAAGCUCAGAGCCAGCAAGCCAGCGCCUACGCCCGGGAAGUCGAUUCAUUGAAAAACCAGCUGCAACGCCUGCAGGAGAAGCACCACCAAACCGUGGCGCAGCUGGAGCAGGCAGAGAGUCAGCGGCAGGCUCAGGGCAGCGAGCUGCAGGCCAAGCUGCAGAAGGCAAACAAGGAGAAAGAGAGCCUGCUGAACCUGGCCACGGAGAGGGGCAAAGCCCUGCAAGACAAGCAACGGGAAAUGGAGCAGCUGGGGAAGAAGCUGGAGGCUGCCAAGAAAGCCAGGCAGAGAGCGGCAAAGCGGCUCGCCAAAGAGGCGGUGGUGGACAACGAUCUGAAGGUCCAAGAGCUCCAAGGACAGCUGGAAAGCAGCAAGCAGGCCUACGACCAACUCUUGCUGCAGUUCAAGGCUUACAGAGAGCAUAGUAUGGAUUUACUGACCAAAGAAAAAGCGCUGAAUGUCGAACUCCGUCAUUUUAGUUUGUAACGGCCGCUUUCCCCUCUGUUCUGGUCUCGGCAGGUGCCUCGA